UAUUUAAAAAUUGAACGUCAGUCAUUAGACGUGAGUGUAGCUAUGCUUACUGAGUAUACACUACUGACCCGCUGUAUUAUUAUUAGCCCAUACAGCAGGCGAAUUUAUAAAUAGAAAGUGCUCAACAUACAGUUGUGCGUGUCCAUUUAAGGGCACGGUUGUAUAUUUACCCACAGAGCAGACACUGAUUUUGAAUUCAGUGAAUUUAAGUCGAUUGGUUCUUUAUGAUCAAAAAUUCUAUUGUCUAAUGUUAGACUCACAUUUUACAACAUUUUUACACCAAAAACAGGAGUUAAUUUUUUUACGUACAAUGAUAUCAUGCUACCUCAAGCCACAAUUCUUUGCUCUUUGAUUAUGUAUAACCACGUUAAUAAGAAAAUCAUAAACUUCAGUCUGGAUUUUGACAAAUUCUUUUACUUCGUUUUGUGACUUUGAUUUUCACACGAAAAUUGCAGAAAAUAAUGUCCACCGAAUUGAGUUCAAAAUUUUUGGAAAUACCCGCAUUUGGACGACAUUUCAGUUUGGGUACUCUGUACAAUGCUCUGGCCGAUCAAGUCAUUCCAGGCUAUACUUUCUGGAGUGAAAAUGAUUUCAGAAAUGUCAAGACCACUAGGAAUGAUAAUACCAAAUUUUCCAUCAUUUCGUCAGAUCGAUUGAGCGAAAAACUUAAAGAUCUAAAUGUAAAUGGCUCGCUACAAAUAAGCAUCUUAGGGGGGUUGAUCGAUCUCAAAGGAUCGGCGAAUUAUCUGAACAAGAAGGAAAGUACUUGCCGCGAAUCCAGCAUUCAUGUGAGGUUCAAGUACAUGACAGCUGUCAAGUCUUUGACGAUGGAACAACUAGACGAAAGCAAAAUUCGCUAUCCAGAAAUUGCAAAGAACGGGAAGAUUGGCAAGGCAACUCACGUCGUCACCCAGAUUCAAUACGGUGCCGAAGCCACUUUCACUUUCACCAAACGAUUCGAAAGCGAUGAUGAAGAAGAAAAAGCAAGUGGCGAACUAAAAAUAAACGUGGGAAAAUUAUUAAAACUACUAAAAGUUGAUGCCGAAGUCGGAGGAAGCGUUCGAGAGAAAAAUAACGACAGUGCGUCAAAUAUCGACUGUCAGUUUGAAGGCGAUUUUAAACUUCCUGAUAAUGUCAAAGGACCGACAACGUUCGAAGAAGCUUUGGAAUUUGCCAAAAUUUUUGUCAAAGUCUCGUCUGAUUCGUUGGCAAAAGACAUUGCCGAUGGAAACCCUCUUGGUGUGCCUUGCACCGUCUGGCUUUUCCCCCUUGCAUUGAUGCAAGAUGCCGAAGGUGCACCGGCUAUUCGGUAUGAAGUUAGUCUCGCUAUAGCGUCUGAAUGCGUCAAACUGAUUGAAGAAUACGAUAAUUUGGAAGCGAAACUUAAUUUGAUGCUUAACGACUCAGCGAUUAAACAAAUCAGUCCUUUGUACAAGAAGCUGAGACUGUUCCAUCACUAUCUAACUUCUUUCCGCGGCGAGCUCAAGACCAAUUUGGGAAAAUUGAUCAUCGAUAUUCGCAGCGGAAAAGUUGACGUUGGCCAUUUCAGACAUUUGUUAGAUCAUAUUACUGGAAAAAAAUUCCCAUUGAAUCCAAAUGGCAUCAGUGAUCGAUGGCUGGAUCAAAAGUAUAAAGAAUUCCGCAUAAUAAACCGAUUUAAAGAACAAGCCCGUCAAGAGAUCAGCUGCCAGAAUAGAGAUAACGUCACUUUUUUCCCGACCGAAAGGACUCUACAAAACACAAUGACCAGUUAUUCUGUGGAUUUCGGCAUAGAACUUACUUUCCCCUGGUUAGGUCGUGCGGAGCCUUUUCUUGAAAUCGUGAGAAAUCAAACGCUUAACUCUGAAAUUAUCACUGAAGACGACCCUAAGACAACGAAUAUCGGCAUUGACAAAGUCUGGUAUGAGGACAAUCGCCUUGUCAAACGGAUCCAGAAGGAAAUCAAUGUUUUUGCCAAACUAGCCAACGAAAAAUCUCAUGAUAAGAAAUUCGCUUUUGUUUUGACAACACCUGAUGAUGAGAACGCAACUUAUGCAUCCGAAUCAUCGAUAAUAUUAGUUCACCACCAGCUAACAACGAAUAGCGGAUGGAAUGGCCUCCAACUUAUAUGUCAAUACUACCCACGAGACAACUUAAACGACGUCGUUCUACUCUUAUUGGAUGAUACAGAUAUUGACAAAUAUUGGCACAAAUUUAAUUGCCUCUUUAUUUUGUGUCGAUUUUACCAGAAAGAAAAUCUUUUGGAAUUUGUUCAAGUAUUCCUCGAUCGGAAAAUCGAUAUCAAUUGUAAAGACGAUGACGGAUGGACUCCGCUUCUGAUUUUAUGCCGUUACUACGACAAAGAUAAUUUAAUCGACAUCGUCCGUCUUUUUCUAAAUGAAAAGUUCGACUUGGAAAUUAAUUGGAGGAAUAACGACAGAUUUAACGCUCUCCACAUUUUGUGUCGCCAUUACACAAAGAAAAACUUAGUUGACAUGAUUAAACUUUUCAUCCAAAGAAAAAUAGAUAUAAAUUGCAAAACCAACAUCGGAUGGAAUGCCCUGCAUUUUGUGUGUCGUUUUCAACCGAAAAAUAGUUUGCCUGAAUUGGUUCGACUGUUAAUUCAAAACAAAGUUGACAAGGAAGCAAUAACGACUGGGGGUGAAUUUGGGACUGCGUCUUCGUUUCUGUUGGGACGUUUCAGAAAGGAAGAAGUUCUAGACAUUGUAAACAUUUUGAACUAAAAAAACCAUCUAUGUGGAAUUAUAUAAGCAAUAAAAAAAUUAAUUAAUUU